UCUCUUACAAACAGAAGAGCAGCAGAUUAGCUCCAGCUUCCCUCUUGUAGUCCCUCCUACAGGAAACAGAGUGGCAGAGCUGGCUUUGAGUUUCAGUCGAAAGACGGGAGCAAGAAGCGAACACACCCUACAAGUCCAAGAAGUCCCAGAGCUGCUGUGGGCCAUGAGUCUGUCUCUCCUCCUGCUGCUCGCCCUCCUCGUGGAUGUGACUGAUACUAAAGCUGGUUCAGAUUUUAGGAUCUGUGCCUUCAACACACAACACUUUGGUGAAUCCAAGUCAAAGAAGAGUGAUGUUAUGGGGACUCUUGCCAGGAUCAUCACACGCUGUGAUGUGUGUUUGCUCCAGGAAGUGAGAGACAGUAAAGGAAAAGCUGUACCACUGCUGCUCGACUCCCUGAAACAGUUUGACACCAAGUAUGAAUAUAAGACUGUGGCCAGUGAGAGACUGGGCAGGUCUGAAACAUACCAGGAGCAGUACGUGUUUGUGUACAGGACGGAGACGGUGAUGGUCAUGGCCCAGUAUCAGUACCCUGAUAAUAAACCAGGAGAUGUAGACGCUUUCUCCAGAGAGCCGUUCGUUGUCCAUUUCAGCGCGCCCACCACAGCUAUAAAGGAGUUUGUUCUCAUACCUCAGCACACCACGCCCUCCAACACCACCAAGGAGCUCGAUGCCCUCUAUGAUGUUCUACAGCAUGUGAGAAAGAUGUGGAAAACUGAGAAUGUGAUGCUUCUUGGAGACUUUAAUGCGGACUGUGGCUACCUCGCUAAGAAGAACAGGAAGAAUGUGCGCCUAAUUACAGACAAGAGUCUUAUUUGGCUCAUCCCAGACGACACUGACACCACCGUGCGAUCAACCACAUCCUGCUCCUAUGACAGGAUUGUUGUGAACGGGGAAACCUUUCACAGAGCCAUCGUGCCUGCUUCAGCCAAACCGUUUAACUUUCAAGAGGAAUACGGACUGACGGAGGAGCAGGCGCUGGGUGUCAGCGACCAUUACCCGGUGGAGGUCCUGCUAAAGGUCGAGGAUUUCAGAGCCUUUCUUGGGGGCUCAUCUAUUACCAGUGCAAACCAGUUUAUGACUUUGUUUGGCCUAAGCAAUGUUGCCUUUCAAAUAUUGACAAGCCUUUAGUGCAACAGGACAGAAAGACCAGGAGUAAGCCAUGCAGCACACGGCCUCAGGGUCGAACGCAGGCCUAAAGGCCGUAACCUUUAGUGUGUUCCCAGGAUGAGCAGGAGAAUUUCUAAAUACGUUUCCUUUCUUGUUUCUGUUCGGACAGCCAAAUUGGGCUUUCCUGCUCCUGCACACACUAUUAAACUGUCAUUGAUUCCCAU